GAGACCACACACACACACACACACACACACACACACACUUCGUCUUAUCAGGUUGAUGACGCGUCACUGAGCAUCUGAACUUUGACCCCGGGCCUCCGCGGGUCGCCCUCCAACUGUCGGUCCGUGUGCAGACAUCAGACAUGAAGAGGAGACUGCUGCUCGUGUCCAACUCCACGGUGCACGGCGGCGGGUACCUGGACCACUGUCAGCGGGACGUCCGGCUCUUCUUCGGACCAGAUGUGAAGAAGAUUCUGUUUGUUCCUUACGCUCUGCACGACAGAGACGAGUACACCAGGAUGGCCCGGGACAAGUUCAGCUCUCUGGGUUAUGAUCUGCUCAGCGUUCACGAGGCUGCGGAUCCUGUCGACGCCGUCAGGAAGAGUCAGGGAAUCUUCAUAGGAGGAGGAAACACUUUCCGGCUGCUGAAGAGUCUCUAUGACAACAGGCUGCUGUGUGAGAUCAGGAGACGAGUGCUGGAGGAUGGCGUCCCCUACAUGGGCUCCAGUGCUGGCACCAACGUGGCCACCAUCAGCAUCAGCACCACCAAUGACAUGCCCAUCGUCUUCCCUCCAUCCUUCUCCGCCAUCGGCCUCGUUCCCUUCAACAUUAACCCGCACUACCUGGACCCCGACCCCAACAGCCGCCACAUGGGGGAGACCCGACAGCAGAGGAUCACCCAGUACCACGAAGAACCAGAGACUCCGUGUGUCCUGGGUUUGAGGGAAGGGUCCAUGCUGCUGGUGGAGGGAAACAAAGCCACACUGCUGGGAACCACGAAGGCCAGACUCUUCACUAGGGGACGCCCCCCGGUGGAGUACGACGCUGGUAGUGACCUGAGCUUCCUGAUGACGGACGCACAGUGACUCACUUCCUCAGCUGUGGAUGAUUGUUCUGGUUGAAUCAGAAUAAAUGUUUUAAAUAAACAUCAUUGUUCCCGAGUUGAA